AUGCAGCUGCUGUAUAUAUUUUAUAUUGUGGUGGUGAUGAACUGCAGGGUAGUUCUCAUUUGUGGCCAAGAACAGCGUGAGGAAAAUGGUGCAGUGACUGGGAAUGGAGAAGCCACCGUAUCUGGUAAAUUAGAUGGUGAUUUCCCCAUUACUUCUACCAUUACAUCAGAUGCUGAGGAAUCUACACUAGUCCCAACAGAGAUUCUAGAUGCAGCAAAUAACUCUCUCGCAAACAGUACAGGAAAUAAUGACUUUGAUGAAUAUGAAGAGGAAAGUAAUGCAUCUAUGACACCUCUCACGCCAUCAUCACCAGACGAAGAUGUGACAGAGGAGCCGCCAUCUGGUCAGCCUCCAGACGACUCCAUUGCAGAGAGAGGGUUCAUGGUUGAAGAUUUCUGUCUCUGUGAUUUGAAGGUGAGCAUUUGUGACAUAAACUGCUGCUGUGAUGGGGAUUGUGAUGCAGAAGAUAAAAAGAUAUUUUCUCACUGCCAGGAGAGACCACAGCCUGUGUUGGAUUCCAGGUAUUGCUUCCAAGAGCACAUCAUAUUUAGUAACCACACAGAAUACUCUGUAUCCUUCACCCAUCCUGGUGUUUUCUGCAUUGCCACGGACAACUUCAUGCUACGAACAACGUACACCUCAGUAAAGGGAGCAACCACUAUUGAUGAGUUUCAAAGCCUGCAGAGGGAAAAGAGACGUUCUUACUCGUGGGCUCCACAGGAAAAAGCGUCUUCCAUUUCACUCGAGCCUUACAUAGAUGGCACUAACAUAUGGGCAUUGGAUAGAAAUGGCACAUCAUUCCCUGUAGGAAUACCAUCCUCAGUUGUUGGGAGCGAGUGCGAAACAACCACUCCAGUACUGUUCCUUCAUGAUGCUACAUCAAAAUGCAUUAGGGUUUUCCAGACCUUAGUACUAGACUGUGUGGCCAACUCAUAUUUAGAUGCCCACAGUUACUUGGCCUUUUCGUUCAUUGCAGAUCCCAGUCGUCUAUUCCAGAAUGCAAGUAAAGAAGCAACGACAGAAUCAGAUGCUUCUGUGUCUGCCACGACAGCAGAGACAACAAGUAAUGAAAGUACAGAUGUUACAGCCACAACUCCCGUAUAUGAAUCUACCCUGACGCCAGCAAACAUGACAACAGGAGAGCCUGAUGUAGUAAGCAAGAAAGAGCCACAACGUAUUGUCUUGUCAUCCCCUGGUGAGAUUAUUGAAGCCCUGAGCAAUUUCAGUGACUUAUAUCCUGAUGACGUGGUUUCAGUAAGUCCAUACAUUUGCCACAUAAUGGCUGAUGGUGAUGAGGAAUGUUCGGAUAGACCUGUAACGGUGGUUCCUCGCGUAUCUUACAAAAAUGGAACAUGUAGUAAUGCCAUCAUAAGUAUCAAGUACAUCUUUCAGCACAACGGGUCACAAGGCAUACUGUAUGUCAAGGCUAAGGUAUACUUAGCCAACUUGACGGAAGCACAGAGGCAAGUGAUCCAAGGAUUUGAGGUGAAGUUUGAGUGGCUGUCCAGUGACAAGCAGGAGACACUGCUAGAGAGAAGUGGUAGACCAGGUUAUGUGCAAGGAAAACCCCUGCUCAUGGGAAAGCUGAUUGAAAAUCGCACAGAAGAAGAUGUGUUGAAGGAAGCGAUCCAGCUUAGCACAGAUCCUAAUCACUGGCUUAAGAUACUGGCACCAGGAAAAGAGGGAAGAUGCGAUUCGUCUUCUCAAGUGACGUUUGGUAUUGACGUAGGAGGUGGCUGUUUACUUGAAGUUUCACAACGGGACUUUGAUCGAGACUGCAGUGUUCUGCAGGAGAAAAUUCUUUCAAAGCUUUUGGGACCUAUUCCUCUAAAUGAUGCAUUGUUGAGGAUUGCCUCUUUUGGCGACUCCAGCAUCAACAACCCAGCAGACUGGGUUCCUAUUUUGAUGACUGAGGAAGUUCAGUGUGGAACUUUGAGCCAGCUGUAUGGAACUGGCCAAUUCUUCAGUCUUGUGACUUCCUUGCAUGUUGAGAUUGCGUUUAGUCUGCAGGGAAGUCUGGCCAACCCACAGGCUAAGGUAGUUGGCGUCAACAUUAGAUAUGGAGAGCCAUUGGAGGUCUACCCGCCAUGCAUGCAUAAUGCAUGCUAUUCCAGAUCUGUGUCUUUGACAGGGUAUGUAGAGCUCAAAGCCUCUGUCUCCUUUGUAGAUGUGACUCUUCCUCCACUACCAGCAUAUUCUCAGCCACCAGCAUUAGAUGUCAAGCUUCCAUAUGAUUUUUUCUACCCUUUUCUCCCUUCUGCAUCUGCAGUAAGAUCCUUGAAUAAUGUGGCAUUUAUUUUGAGCAGUGUUCUGUAUCUUGUGAUGAAUAAAGCCUUUUAAUUUC